CCUUACAAACCUGGCAACACUGACGAUGCGCUGGAGACAGCAGACAGUAUGGCGGACAGCGAGAGUGAUCUGGAGACAGACGGACUUGAAUCAGCUCUGGACACUUUGUGUGAGAGACACUGCAGCGAGCACUCGACUCUGAAGAGUAAAAGCUACUGCUCUGAGUUCUGUGAGUUGGUUGAGGAGUACACGGGGCAAUGGCAAGUUCCUCUCCCUCAGCUGAAGGUGCUGCGGACUGCUCUCUGCAGUUUCACCAAAGCCACUGCUGCCUUCCCUGAUGACUGUCAGCACAUCCACUAUGUUCUCAGCAGUAUGGCCUUGAGCUUCUUCGAACUGAUGCUGUUUUUCAGUAAAGAAGAAUUUGUGGAAGAGCCUUUAAAAGACAUCCUUGAUUCCUUCCAGGAGUGCCACUCUCAGCUCCUGAGGCACAGGAACAUCUACCUUCAGCAUGUGAAGCUGAUCAUCAAAGCAGGAGGCCCAUGGGAGAAUCCAGUGCUGCAAGGAAUCCUGAAAGAGGCAGACUUGCCACCAAAAGAGGUUGAGGACUACUUAAGCUCAGAGUUACCAGUAUUCUUUGAGCUGCGGAUUCGCUAUCUGCGGGCCUGUGAACGGAUGCAAGAGGCUAUGGCCCUGGCUAAAAUCUGCCUGGAAAAUCGAGAGGUUGGAAAGCAUCUGUACUUCCAUCAAGCCUACCUGACCUGCCUCUACAAGGCCUCACUACAUGAACACCUUCACAAGGAGAUGGCUGAGAUAGAUGGCCGUGAUGCAGUGGAGAUCAUCUGCAACACAGAGAGCGUUGAAAAAGAUGAGCUUCUAUUGUCGCUGUGUAAAGCUUUCCUUACCCAGCAGCUACACAAUGGAGACAUGUACUACAUCUGGGACCUGGUCUUCAUCUGGAGCAGGUUGCAUCUUAGGGCCCAUCCUUCCAGACAUGGCUUCCUGGCCGAGUGCUUGCAGUUGGCUUCUUCUGCUACUAACGUCAGAGCCAUCUUCCCCUUCAUCAAACUGGUCACCACAGAGCUGGGGAUUGAAGGAGUCCAGGUCUGUGUGGAGCUUUGUGCCAGGGCCCUACAGCUGGGUGACAUGCAGGCUGACAGUGUGACCCAGUCCCUUGUCUGCAAGACCAUCGCCUUCCUGCUACCUCAUGACCUGGAGAUCUGUCGAGCGUGUGCCCUGCUGGUCUUCUGCCAGGAACGCAGCCUGGAAGCUUACCGAACUGUCUGCCUGCUUUACAUGCAUCCUGACCAGGAGCCGCAUCCCCAAAACAGCCCAGUCCGGACCAACGUUCGCUUCCAUAUUCUGCAGAUGCUCAAGGAGCGCCUGUGUUUUGACCCUGAGUUUUGGAACCUCCUGACUCUCAGGACCCAUUGCUUGGAGCUGAUGAGUGACAAGGUCAUGAAGGCUACUGUUCUCAAUGAGAUGAAGGAGGAAGAGGAGAAGGAAUACAGUGAAGAGCUGUUAAUAAAUACGUGUAUUAAUGAGUCAUGCACUCAAGGUUUCAAUUCCUGCCAGUGCUUUGAGGCUGCAUUUGCGAACCAAGACCUCCCAGAGGAGCAGACUGUGGAUGGAGAGACAGCAAAGUGUGUUGCCUCAUCAAAUAAUGCUCUACUGAAGAGGAGAAAAUGGAGGAAAAGUCUGCGAAGGAGAAACCAAGCUGUGUCCGACGAUGAGGUCGACCAUGGUGAUGAUCCCGAGUUCAAAUACAAUAUCAAAGCCACCUCUUUAGGCAAUAAGCCUGUGUAUUCACUAAGACGCAAUCACACUAACAUGGACAAUUCAGCUUCUGUAAAAGUCCCCCUAAAUCGCAACAGAGAACACUUGUCUAGGUGUGUGAAGAGCCAAAUUUUGAAAAGGAAGGGUCAGAAGAAAAGAUGGUUGCAGGGUCUUCCAAGGCUGGAGCAGGUGCAGACAGUUAAAGAGAAGAAGGUCAAAGUUAAAGAGAAGAAGGUCAAAGUUAAAGGGAAAAAACGGGGUCGGAAGCCUUCACAGAAAAUGGAACUCUCUUACCCUGAUAAUGAAAUAUCCCUUACAGAGGAGGAGUCUGGUUUUGAGGAGAUAACUGACACAGAAGACAAAGAGCCGGAAAUGCCUCACCUGGAGAAUGAACUUGAACAAAAGAGUGAACACAAAGAGAAUCAGUUUGAGCAGAUGGAUGAUCUCGAGAAGGAAAUCGGACAUCCUGACCUGGUCUGUAGUAGCAGUCUCAAUGAACAAACCCAAAACGAAUCUCAAACAGGUCUUCCUGGUGAGCCUCAAGCUGCCAUUCCUGCUGUCGAAGCUGAUCCUGAGCUUGAUGGUCCACCCUUAGAGUUAUUGGAUUGUCCAAUAGAACUGUUACACAGCUACUCUCUUCAAUCCAAAAAGCCUGAUGGUGAGAAACUGCAACAUCUAGAAUCCUCGGCGCCAGAUGAGGUUAAUGGCGACACAGGACAGGAGCUCCAACCCACAGUGGAAACAGAAGCGUCAAAACCUGAGGUGAAAGCCAAGAGAACGUGGAAGGACAGAGUACUCCGUACUCAACAAUAUGCCCACUUGAUGUACCACUGCACCCCCUGCCAGAAAGACUAUAAAGGCUUGAAUGUUAUGAGGCAUGCUCUCUCACACCUAAAGAGUAGGAAACUAAAAUGUAUACUCUGCGGAAAACGCUUUAAACAGCUCCCCUUUGCCAAAAAGCACAUUAUGGACCACAUUGAUGAAAUGUCCAAGCAGAAACCCCCUGAUAAGGAGCCAUGCACUGAGGACACUCCAGCUCCUAAUGGAAUAGCAGAUAAUGUGAAAAAUCAGCCUCAGGAUGAAAAUAAGACUUCCAUUCCCGGUGAAGAAACUCCUGAACAGAAAUCCGGAAGCAAAAGUAAAUUGUCAAAACUCAAGAGAGAAGAUCGAAUCAUCAGGAACAUCCGCACCCUCAUCAAAAAGACGUCUGUGCUUCACAAAAAGUGCAAGAACCCUAAUGCAAAUAUAUUCAAGCAGGUCGACUUCAAGGAUGAGCAGGUAGUCAUUAACGACGACCUGGUGAUUGUAAGAGAUCCAACUGUGAUUGUGAAGGUGGGAGAAGAGGGGGAGGAGAAGCCAGCAGGAGAAAAUGGCUUCGGCGUGGACAUCACAUAUCACUUGUGCCCCUCAGAGUCCUGUGAUAGAGUAUUCUUGAGGGUCAGCAGCACACUAAUAAAGCAUGCCAUCAAAUGCCAUAUUAACGAAGAGAAGGUGCUAGAGAAGACUUUUGUGUGGGCCAAACACAAGUGCACAAUAUGCCUCAGGCAGAUACAGUUUCUCCAGCAAUAUAAGGCCCACAUGAAGCUCCACGAUGCUGCUCUCCAGCACUUCUGCUACCAUCUGGAGUGUAACCAGCGCUUCACGACACUGCAGGAAACAAAGGACCAUGUCAAAACUCACCAGCCCUUCAGACCUCAAUGUCCAGUCACAGACUGUGAGAAGCUAUUUUCAAGCUCUCAAGGUCUCUAUGACCAUGAAUGGAGACACUACAUCCCAGCGCCUCAAAGAGAGGAGCUAGAGUUGGGACUAAACCGACAGAAGAAGCAAAAUCCUGAAGCUCCAUGGAAGCAGAGAGUGAAGGUUGAGGAGGUGUGGCUGCAGAGUAAAAAAAGGUCGAGUCCGACCCUCGAUCAUGUUCAGGCCUCUAAUCUUGAGGAAAUGAUCAAAACUGAAGAUCAGUCUUGCGAAAUAAAGGUCUCUGAAGACCUGUCUAAACCUGAUAAUUGUUCAGAUAACACAGACAGUCAUGAACCCACGGACGACAGCAAAGCCGCCGUCAAUGGACACGAGGAUAAGACAAGAAACCAAGCGUCAGAGCGAAAGAUCUCCACUUCUCGCACUGGUGCUGCUGCAGCGGCUUCAAGUAGGAGAAGAAAAACGCCCAUCGAGUGGGACCCCUUGAAUGUCCGAGACCUUGAGGAUUUGUCCACUUUGUCGGAGGGAGUCCAGCAGACUCUGGGAGAGCCACACAUCACUGAGCACAAAACCUUCAAACCUGAAGAUCCAGCAUAUGCCACUUUUGUCAAAGCCCCCUUCAUCCGGCCGCCACCCUCCACCUACCUGGAUGAAUCUCUGCUCUCAAUGCGCAAGAGGAGGGCCACUGAUGUGGUUGCUCCAAGGAAAAAUAUUUACUGGGGCAAUUAUAAGAAAAAUAAGGAUCCUGUCCCUGAAGAGCAGCAGAAGCAGGUGGAAAAUGUGGCUCCUGUGCACAAGAUCAGGCAUCGCUGUGACAAAUGCCUUUCCUCUUUCAGCAGCUUAGAAGAAUUACAGAAACACCAAGCCCUUAACACCUGCUCUGCGCUCUUUGGCUUCGAUUCCGACGAUGAAAGUUAGUGGUGAGAGAGGAGCUGCAACUAGGGUGACUACUGUACUCUGCCACCUGGCUCAGGGCAAGCACUCAAGAUAAAGGAACACUGGAACCCUUUCCUAAUACUCAGAUACAGUACUGAAUACCAGAUGGGAAACAAAGGGGACAUAUGUGCCAAAAUGGUUAAUUGGAGGAUUUUUUUUGUCUCUUAAUUUAAUUGAUAGAACCUUUUUUGAAGAUAUAAUUUUGACAGCUAAAACUAGUUUUGAACGCAUUGUUUUUCCUCAAAACAUCAUCAGUGUGCACUUUGUCAAGUAGGUAAAACAAACAUUUCUAUGAUAAAUUGAUAUUAACUUGCCUUUUCGAACAAUAUUGGCUAUAAAAGAAAUGUAGUUUUCUCAGCAGAUCUAAAUGUAACACUAAAAAAUGUCUGGGAACUGACAAAGCAAAUAUUGCCCAAGACAACCUCCCUAGAAUAAAUAAACACAAUAUUUGUGUUCAAAUACUCGGUUACAUACCGCCUUAAAAUAACUUGAAAUCUCAGUAUUCCUAUUUUAGACCACAGAAUGCCAGUGUUUUAAUGACAAAACUUUGCUGCACUCACUAAACCGUGGUGAAGUUUUAGUAACACAUGGUGUUAUAUGUAACUGAAAGAUGUAUUUUAUUUAUUUUUGACACUAUCAAGUACAUGCCCAUCUGGGUCAUAUACUGAAGCCUUUAACUGUCAGGUAAAGUGCGCCUGAAUGAAUGUUAUUUUUAAUCACCAUUUAAAAAUUGACAUUCAAUUUGAACUACAGCUUUUCUUUUUUCUGGCUUCACUAAGCCGUUUAGGAUCAAGUGGAUUUAAAUAAUUUUACAUCUCUUAUAUUGUAAUUUUUACGACGAUUAUUGACAAAUGAAAUGGGUUGGCAUUAAGAAUCUGGCUUUUUUUUCUCCUCAUGCCUUGCUGGCAACACUAAGUGGCAGAAGGUGUCCUAUCAUACUCCCAUAUGGGACUCCUUGCACAUUUGGCUUUCCCACCUGUGGUGUUCAAAAUGAUGCCAUUAAUUUGGUUUCAGCUUAUCAUUUGAAAGAUCUAUCCUAUUUUGUCCUUUAGAGUAUGGAUUUACAUGCAGUAUAUCAUAAGCAGUGUUUGCAACUGAAUGAAAUAUUGUGAAAAAUCAUGUUAAUUGGUGGAAAGAUGAGCUCAACGUGUGUUGCCCUCUCUGGUUAGCAUGAUUGUUUUAUUAUUGUAGUCUUCCAAAUGAAUCAUGCACAACUCUGAGCUUUGGUCUCCGUAGAGGAUGUCUCACUAGAAAUAAUAACAUUGGAUAUGUGGUGGUUGGUUGCAUCCUCUUUCCACAUCUCUAUACUGUUAACAUUUAUUUUGAUUCUAAAUAAACCCUCCGAACCGUUGUCACAUACAGCAAGCUUUCAAACUGUAAGAGAACGUGUGUUCAGCAUAGUCAGGACUGGGUUUGCCUUUGUUAACUAGUCUUCUGGUCAUGGUAUGACAACAGGAAUAACUUACUCAUUAAAGCCGUGACCAAAAUGUGUGAAACCAUGUAAAUCUGCCUUCAUACUGUCACACUAUUAUUCUGUACAGUAUACAAAUUAUUCACAAUUGUGUUGGUGCCAAGACUGAAUCACAGUGUUAAGACUCUAGGUAAAGAUAAACAUUAAAAUCAGUAAUACAGUACCAGUUUGCUCCAUGACCAUGUCUGUCGCUAUGUAGAAUAUUUCACAUUGGUCUUCUGUUAUGUACAUACUUUUGAGAUGGUUGAUCUGUUUAAUAACUUUUUAAUGUAAUGUUUUUAUGGGACUGUGCACUUAAACCUGCUUAUUUAUAUGUACAAAUGUUAAUAUAUUGAAUUUGUAAAGGUAUUGACGAUUCCCCAUCUAUUUUUCUUAAAGAAAGUGAUUCAAUUUGUUUGAAUAAAACAAAUGAAACUAA